CCCUCGCACCAAAAGAUGUCAUUAGUGGCGGGUUCAUACGAGAAGUUCAUCUGGGGUUUCUCCCUCAAAACCCUAGCAACCAGCGAAACCCUAACCCUAAAACCCCUCUUCUCCUACCCUUCCCACACCGCCCCCAUCAAAUCCGUCGCCGUUGCCGGCCCCGUCGGCGCUUCCGGUGGCGCCGACGAUGCCAUCAAGAUCUACGAGCUCCCUUCCUCCUCCGAGAUUGGCUCCCUUCUCGAUCCCACCGGCGCCGUCUCCGCCAUCUCCUUCUUCUGCUCCCCUCUUGCCCCAUCCAUCCCCCGUAACCUCCUUGCCGGCUCCGAUGAUGGUGCUGUACGAGUCUACGACGCUGAUCCCUUUGUUCUUCUCAAAACCGUCCCCGUCCACCGCCGCGGCGUCUCUGACCUCGCGGUGCAUCCUUCGGGGAGACUUGCGCUGACGGUGGGCCGGGAUUCGACGCUGGCGAUGGUGAAUCUCGUCAGGGGACGUCGUAGCUUCUCAUGCCGGCUCGAUCGCGAGGCGACCAAUGUGAGGUAUGGUUUGGGGGAUGGAGAGAGGUUCUUUAUGGUGGCUGAAGAGCGAGUGACGGUGCACGAUUCUGAGGACGCAAGGCUGAUCCAUGAGAUGGAUGCUGGAAAGAGGGUUCUCUGCAUUGCGCCUGGGGAGGGUGGACUUUUGUUCACUGGUGGAGAAGAUCGGAGCGUCUCUGCGUGGGAUACUGCCAGUGGGAAGUUUGCUUAUCGCAUUGAAGCUGCGCAUUCAGCUCGUGUUAAAGGCCUUGUUGUUUUCAAGAACCGAAGUGGCGGGGAAACAUCUGAAGAAUCUAAUUUCAUAGCUUCAGCUUCAUCUGAUGGUAUCAUACGAAUAUGGGAUGUUAGGAUGCUUUCCGAGGAAAAGCCAAAUGCGCUUGCUGAAGCUAAUACAAAAUCUAGGCUUACUUGUCUUGCUGGGUAAUCUAUAAAGUGAUGGGUUAAUCUCCGAUUUGAUAGUAAGGUGCAUUCUUUUUUAUUUUGGACCGUAUCUAGUGAUUCUUGUGGAUCGUAAACAGAGUGCGGCAUUUUCCUUUUGACACAUUAUCUUCGCAAUUUUUCAUGUCGACUUGCAUUGCAAAGAGUGUUUAUGUUCCUGUGAAGGCAUCAUGGGGCUUCAUCUUCAGCUAUACACUUGCACUGACACUGAAAAUAGACCAAGAGCAAGAGAGCUGAACCGUUUUUUAACAUAGUAACCUGCUUAGUGUAAUGACAUUGAGCUUUACAAUUUUGAGUGGUGUUUGUUCAUUGUGUUGUAUUUUAUGCCAGACUUAAUUUAGUGUUUUUUUUUAUUUAUUUUUAUUUUUAUUUAGAUUAUGAAGGAUGCUUUGUAGCCACUUUAAAUUAGAUGGUUUUUGGCAUUUCAA